AUGACAUCCUCAUCAAAGACAUCGAGUGAUGCAGCUAUAAGAAAACAGAAAAAGAAGUCCAUCGCGUGCCGGAGAUGCCACUCACACAAAAUAAAAUGCACCGGUGGCCAGCCAUGUCUUAAAUGUCGGCAGGCUGGUUGUCCUACCGAGUGCCACUAUGUCAAUCGAGAUCGUCAAGUUAAAGUGCACGAGAGUUAUCUCGAGGAACUGGCUGCAGAGAAUGAGCGCUUACGUAGUCAAUUAUCACAAUCUCCUGGGCUCCUAACGCCAAGAGAACACCAAGGGCAUGAUCAAGAUCUACCCGAACCAGACGCAGAUACACAUGUUCGAAAUCCGAUGCUCGGUGAACGGGCAUGGUUCUUACCAUACGACCCUUCUUUACCACCAAUCCACGUCUGUGAAGCAGCAUGCACGGCAUUCGCCACCAGACUCCGAAAGGUUCUUACCAAAAGCGAGACCACUUCUCACAUGCCUCGAACGCAAUACACACCGGAAACUGCGUUGAUGAAAAUAUGUAAUCCCGCAAUGAAAUGGCCGAGUCUACCCAAAGCUCGGCUUUUGCUUCAGAUUGUGUUCAGUCAGGUCACAAGGGUGUACCAUUUGGUUCUUCGAAAGUCGACCAUUGACGAGCUCGAGGAUGCAUAUCGCAAGGACAACUUCGACGAUCCUGUGCUGACGUGUAAAUUAUUUGCUCUCUUUGCUCUUGGAGAAGUAUAUUCUGCGCGAUCAACCUCGAGCCUUGAAUGCAAUGUCCCCGGCGUGGCCUAUUAUGUCAAUGCGAUGACGAUGACACCCAUCUUGCCGGAGCGACCUAGCCUGGCACAUAUUGAAACUCUUUUACUUUUGUCACUAUAUUCGUUUUUCUUAAACCGACGCCAUUCGGCAUUUCUGUUGGUCGGCAGCGCUAUGCGUCUAGGCUUGACUGUGGGGCUGAAUCACAAUAUCCCAGAAAGCAAGUGCCCAGACCCUGUGCAGCGUGAGCAUCGGACCAGACUAUGGUGGGCAAUAUAUGUAUUCGACCGAAUGUACGGCUCGAAGGUCGGGUGGCCGAUUCAAAUUUCCGACGCGGACAUCUACGUUGACAUGCCAUCUAAUGUGCCUGGUGACAUCCACAACGACCACACAUCCGACACUGAAUUCCUCAUCGCCAGUAUUGAGUUAGCUAAGAUCACAGGUCAAGUCAUUGACCGUGUGUAUAGCCGAAAACAGUUCUCAGAGUCUUUCUUGCAGCGGGAGCAAAAGUUACUCAUCUCUCUCAAGGAGUGGUCCUGUGCUCUUCCUCCACAGAUUCGGCUCAACCGCGACAGUCCGGUUCCGAUGAAUGUUAUAUCGCUGCACCUUCAAUUCAACCAGUGUAUAAUGCUGGCCAGUCGGCCGAUCCUUCUACACGCGUUGAUCCAAGCCACAUCCCCGGAGUCCAUUACGGAGGAUAACGCCCAGACGAACAUUCGCCAGACUCUAAAAACACUUAGUGAUGCGUGUAUUCACGCUGCAAGACAUACCCACUCGCUGAUUGUGGAAGAAUGGACCAACGGAUCAGUCCCGAUCUUCGGAUAUUUUUAUGCUCACUAUCUCUUCUCUUCGGCACUGAUAAUGGUUAUUUCGAGCCUGGUAUACCCGGAGAACAGCAAUGACUUCGCGUUGUUCGAGGCAGCUUUCGAAAUUCUCCAGGCGAUGAGCAGCCACGGGAAUCUAGCUGCGACCGAAUUUUACGAUAAUUUGGAAUGCGUGAAGCAGUGCUUGGAUAAGCUUAGAACUUCAGAAGGCGGUCAUUUCCAGAGUGAUUUAUCUCGUGUCGCAGAGAGCUCGACUGAUUCUCUUGCUGUCAUUGCCCCUAACCAGCUGGGGGUUUUUGGUAAUCCCGCUGGGUCUGGUGUUACUGAACCGACUGUCCCGGCAAACUAUGCUAACGACAUGGCCUUCUUAGGAGAGAGCAUGGAAGAGUUCCUAGCCCAGCCAGACGUUGAUUUCUUGCUCGACCCCUCUCUUACUGAUACUGUAUACUCGUGGCCAAACCUUUCUUUAUGGACCGCAUGA